CCCUUAAAAUUCUUUCAGACCUGGAUAUCUACCUGUGUGAGACCAAGUCUUGAGACUCUAGAUCAGAGACCACCACUAGGCACAAGCAUCACCUGCUUGCAUGAUUAUGGAGAUGGUCUACAUGAUGUUGAAAAUGCCCCUAGUUUUUUGACAACGGCUAAAUAACCAUGGGGUCAAGUGGACUUGGGAAAGCGGCAACGUUAGAUGAACUGCUGAGCACUUGCAUUGAGAUGUUUGAUGACAAUGGAGAGCUGAAUAAUAGUUAUUUGCCAAGAAUAGUUCUACUUAUGCACCGAUGGUAUUUAUCUUCCACUGAGUUGGCAGAAAAACUUCUCUGCAUGUAUCGAAAUGCCAGUGGAGAAAGCUGUGAUGAAUUUCGAUUAAAGAUCUGUUACUUCAUGAGGUACUGGAUUCUGAAGUUUCCCGCAGAGUUUAAUUUGGACCUUGGUUUGAUCCGUAUGACUGAGGAAUUCCGGGAAGUAGUUAGUCAACUAGGAUAUGAGAAACACGUCAGCCUCAUCGACAUAUCCAGCAUUCCUUCCUAUGACUGGAUGAGAAGAGUCACACAGAGGAAAAAAGUAUCCAAGAAGGGAAAAGCCUGUCUGCUCUUUGACCAUCUGGAGCCCAUUGAAUUGGCUGAGCACCUCACUUUUCUGGAGCAUAAAUCUUUUAGAAGGAUCUCAUUCACUGAUUACCAAAGUUAUGUCAUCCAUGGCUGCCUGGAGAAUAACCCAACCUUGGAGAGAUCUAUUGCUUUAUUUAAUGGAAUCUCUAAGUGGGUCCAGUUGAUGGUUCUUAGCAAACCAACCCCUCAGCAAAGGGCAGAAGUCAUCACAAAGUUUAUCAAUGUUGCCAAGAAGCUCCUUCAGCUCAAAAAUUUUAACACCCUGAUGGCAGUGGUAGGAGGCCUUAGUCAUAGUUCCAUUUCCCGGCUCAAAGAGACCCAUUCUCAUCUUUCUUCAGAAGUUACAAAGAACUGGAAUGAAAUGACGGAGCUGGUCUCCUCCAACGGCAAUUACUGUAAUUGCCGCAAGGCCUUUGCCGACUGUGAUGGCUUCAAAAUCCCAAUCCUUGGCGUCCACUUGAAAGACUUGAUAGCAGUCCAUGUCAUUUUCCCAGACUGGAUGGAGGAGAACAAAGUGAACAUUGUGAAAAUGCACCAGCUCUCCGUUACCUUGAGUGAACUGGUCUCCCUACAGAAUGCCUCUCACCACUUGGAACCCAACCUGGAUUUGAUCAACUUGCUCACGCCCCCUGAACAGUACUGGGCACAUGAAGGAAAGAGGACCACACCACCAAACUGUUGA